AACGUUACUGAGGGACACAGAAACGUUACUGAGGGACACAGAAACGUUACUGAGGGACACAGAAACGUUACUGAGGGACACAGAAACGUUACUGAGGGACACAGAAACGUUACUGAGGGACACAGAAACGUUACUGAGGGACACAGAAACGUUACUGAGGGACACAGAAACGUUACUGAGGGACACAGAAACGUUACUGAGGGACACAGAAACGUUACUGAGGGACACAGAAACGUUACUGAGGGACACAGAAACGUUACUGAGGGACACAGAAACGUUACUGAGGGACACAGAAACGUUACUGAGGGACACAGAAACGUUACUGAGGGACACAGAAACGUUACUGAGGGACACAGAAACGUUACUGAGGGACACAGAAACGUUACUGAGGGACACAGAAACGUUACUGAGGGACACAGAAACAAUCAUUUAAUUAAAGAGUAUGUCAGACAACAUGCAGAGGAGUGAAAGAGGAGGCAAUGUUUUAGGAGCGAGCAAACGUGGCAGCAGAGGAAGGGGUCAAGGCAGC